AGUUUUGUUUGCAGAGAGACACGCCACACACACGCUCUACUUCUUCUAUAAUGGAAGGUGUAUUAGUAUUAGUUUCUAGGAUUUCCAUUACUCAAAGAUUUAUAUUCCUCUGCAACACCCACCUAUAAUACCAUCACCCUAAAUCACACACACAUACAAAAAAAGACUCCAUCUUUAACCUUUUUUUCCCUUCUUCAACCAACCAACCACCUCCACCAGCUAGUAAAAGAGAAGGAAAAAAAGAAGAAGAAAAGAAGAUAAGAUUCGAUUUUAUCGUGGUUAUUGGGUAAUGCUCUCGAGAUCUUGCUUGGGUUUAUUGAAUUUGGUAUCAGUGGAUGAUUACCAAGCGCUGAGCCGUGUCCCGAAGGUGAUGGCGGUGCCCGGAGAUGUAGCGGAGUUGGAGAUCGACGACGUCGUUUCGUCGGGUACUCAAGAACGGAGGAUCAUCGUGGCGAACCAGUUGCCGAUACGAGCGUGUCGCGACGCGGAGGGGAAGAGAUGGAGCUUCGAAUGGGACAGUGACAGCCUCGUGCUGCAGCUGAAGGACGGUUUCCCUUCCGACGUGGAGGUUCUGUACGUUGGUUCGUUGAAGGCGGAGAUCGACGCGUCGGAACAGGAGGAAGUUGCGCAGGUGCUUCUAGAAAGGUUCCGGUGCGUCCCCACGUUCUUGCCUGCGGAUGUUUACAACAGAUUCUACCAUGGUUUCUGCAAGCAUUACCUAUGGCCUCUAUUUCACUACAUGCUUCCUAUGUCGCCCAGCCAGGGUGCGCGUUUCGACCGUGCGCAGUGGCAGGCCUACGUGCUUGCUAACAAGAUCUUCGCCGAUAAGGUCACCGAGGUUAUAAACCCCGACGAGGAUUACGUUUGGGUCCACGAUUAUCACCUCAUGAUCUUGCCCACUUUCUUGAGGAAGCGUUUCCACCGCGUGAAGCUCGGGUUCUUCUUGCACAACACGUUCCCGACGUCGGAAAUCUAUAGGACGAUACCGGUUCGCGAUGAUAUUCUGAGGGCCUUCUUGAAUUGCGAUUUGAUUGGGUUCCACACUUUCGAUUACGCGCGGCAUUUUUUGUCUUGUUGUAGCAGGAUGUUGGGUUUGGAUUAUGAGUCCAAGAGGGGUUACAUUGGACUUGACUAUUACGGUAGAACCGUGACCAUAAAGAUUCUCCCCGCUGGAAUUCACAUGGGCCAGCUUGAAUCGGUGUUGUCGUUGCCUCACACUGCUUUUAGGGUCAAGGAGUUGAAGGAGCAGUUUCGGGGGAAGGUUGUGAUUUUGGGUGUGGAUGACAUGGACAUUUUCAAAGGUAUUAGCUUGAAGUUCUUGGCCAUGGGACAGCUUCUGCAACUGCACGAAGAUUUAAGGGGUCGAGUGGUUUUGGUUCAGAUUCUUAACCCUGCAAGGAGCAGAGGGAAAGAUAUUCAGGAUGUGAAGAACGAGAGCGAGGCCAUUGCCAAGGAGAUUAACGAGAAAUAUGGCAAACCUGGGUACCAGCCGAUUGUUUUCAUCAAUGGCCCCGUUUCGACCCAGGAGAAAGCUGCAUACUAUGCCAUAUCUGAAUGCUGCCUUGUCAAUGCUGUGAGGGAUGGGAUGAAUUUGGUGCCUUAUACGUACACUGUUUGUAGACAGGGAAGUGUUGCUUUGGACAAGGCACUUGGCGUUGAAGAUGGGGCUGUGAGGCCUAAGCAUAGUGUUAUCGUUGUGUCUGAGUUCAUUGGGUGCUCGCCCUCGCUCAGCGGAGCAAUACGGGUGAAUCCGUGGAACAUUGAUGAUGUCUCGGAGGCCAUGAAUUCGGCUAUCACAAUGGCAGAGGCAGAGAAGCAAUUACGUCAUGAGAAGCAUUAUAAGUACAUAAGCUCUCAUGACGUGGCAUAUUGGGCUAGGAGUUUUGAUCAGGAUUUAGAGAGAGCUUGUAGAGAGCAUUACCUCAAGAGGUGUUGGGGUGUAGGCCUUGGCCUGGGUUUCAGAAUUGUUGCUCUGGAUCCUACCUUCAGGAAACUUUGUGUGGAUAACAUUGCCUCUGCCUACAGAGCUACACACAAUCGGUUGAUCCUUUUGGACUAUGAUGGCACCAUGAUGCCGCAGGCCUCAAUAAACAAAACUCCAAGCAGUGAAGUUAUCUCUGUCUUGAAUUAUUUAUGCAGUGAUCCCCAAAAUGUAGUCUUUAUAGUGAGCGGCAGAGAUAGGGAUUGCCUAAGCAAUUGGUUCUCUCCAUGUGAGAAGUUGGGUCUCUCUGCCGAGCACGGUUACUUCACUAGGUGGAGUAAAGAUUCUCCUUGGGAGACCUGCGGUUUGACAACCGACUAUGAUUGGAAAAUGAUUGCAGAACCCGUGAUGGCGCAUUAUACAGAAGCAACUGACGGUUCUUUCAUUGAACACAAGGAAAGCGCAAUGGUGUGGCACCAUCAACUUGCGGAUCCUUCUUUUGGAUCAAGCCAAGCCAAAGAGCUUCUUGAUCACCUGGAGAGUGUGCUGGCUAAUGAGCCAGUAGUGGUUAAAAGGGGACAGCAUAUAGUUGAAGUUAAACCUCAGGGUGUGAGCAAAGGUAUAGUGGUGGAAAAUCUUAUCUCAACCAUGCGAAGUGAGGGAAAGUCACUAGAUUUUUUGCUGUGCAUAGGAGAUGAUCGCUCGGAUGAAGAUAUGUUUGAAAGCAUUGCUCGUUCAGUUUCUAAUCCGGAUCUGCCAACCAUAUCAAAAGUCUUUGCAUGCACUGUUGGUCAGAAACCAAGUAUGGCUAAAUACUAUUUGGAUGAUACUACUGAAGUUAUCAAGUUGCUCGAAGGACUUGCAACGGCAUCAGCACCACCUACGUCCGUAACUUUUCAGGAAUUGCAAGGAACACCAUAGAAACUGAUACAGAAAACAAUCUUGUACAGAAUGAUACUUACUUUUAUAGGUUGAUUCGAAAAAUUCAAUACUUAGAAAUUUACAGAUUAGCUGAUUCAUGUUCUUCACAUAACUCGCAGCAAAAUUUCUUCUUGCAUAGAAUAUAAGUUUCUGCACUGUGCAAUUAAAACAGG